UAACAGCAACAGCAGCAGUGUCCGUAAAGAUCCGUAGUUUUAAAGUUAUCUUAGUUAGAAAGUAUUUCACAAGCUCUACAUUUCACACCAAAACACAAUAGCUACGCACAAAAAACACAUGUGAUCAAAUGAUCACACAACAAUACGCAAGCACCAACUAAUAAUAUUAAUGGAAUCGGAGUCACGUAACGGUUUCCGUUUUUUACGAAUGCCGAAAACUAGGGAGGGUUAGUUAGUAUGCGGCAGCGGCGGCGGCGGCGGCGGGGCGCGGGGACCGCAGUCGCGCCCGGGCCGCCGCGCCGGCACCAUGUCGUCCGCACACGCAAUGUUUAUCUCACGCACUGCCAUUGUUAUCGAGCGCACCCCCGAGCGAACAGCUGGACAUGAGUAGCCGACCGCGCCAGUGACAGUUCAUAAACAGUGACGAAAAUGACAUGGACCAAGUGUGUAAAAUGAUAGUAAAGGUGGUAUUGUUUUGUGUUGUGAUGGGUGCGGCGGGGACGGAGGACGGCUGCAUGCGUACGCCGGACGGGGUGGUGUGUGAGGUGCCGGUGCUGUCAGCUGAUGCUGAGCUGGUGGCGCCGGAGCGGGCGGCGGCGCUGCGGGUGGCGUGCCGCGCGCCGCGGGAGAGCACGCUGCGCGACCACCACUUCUCCCGCCUGCAGGGGCUCGCCGACAUCACCCUCACCCGCUGCCACCUGCUCCGCCUGCCCGGGAACGUGUUCGAGGGGCUGCGCGGCCUCAAGUCGCUCACCAUCCGCUCCAUGAACCACGAGUGGGGCCCGAAUAAGGAGCUCGAGCUGUCCCUCGGUGCCUUCAACGGCAUGCGCGAGCUGCACACGCUCGACCUCGGCUACAACAACAUCAGGAAGAUACCGUCGGACUUGUUCUGUGCGCUCGAGAAUCUCAUUUCGUUGAACUUGACGCGGAAUAAAAUAAAGUUCGUGGACGAGCUGGGGUUCGGGCACAAGUGCGGGUCGACGCUGCAGAGUAUAGACCUGAGCGAGAACGACGUGAUGUCGCUGCCGGCGGACUCGGAGCUGCUGCACCUGCGGCGGCUGGCGCGGCUGUUCCUGCAGGGCAACAAGCUGGCCGCGCUGCCGCCGGACGUCUUCACCGAUCUGCUCGAGCUCAAGCUCGUCAAUCUCUCCAACAACGCCAUCCGCACGCUCCCCGACAGACUGUUCCACAACACCAGGGAGAUCCGCGAGAUCUACAUGCAACAUAACGAGCUCGAAAGCCUGCCGAGGGGAAUAUUUAAUCGGCUGGAACAAUUGCUCGUUUUAGAUCUUUCGGCGAAUAAAUUGAGGAGCGACCACAUAGAAGAUGAAACGUUCGGCGGUCUAAUAAGAUUAGUCGUGCUUGACCUGUCGCACAACCUGGUCGCGGGUAUUACCACUAAAAUGUUCAAAGAUCUGUUCUUCCUGCAAAUACUCAAUUUAAGCAAUAACUCUAUAGAUCAUAUCGAGGACAACGCGUUUUCGCCGCUGUUUAAUUUACAUACGCUAAAUCUAGGCAAUAAUAAACUUCUAACUAUAGAAGGGCAUGUGUUUAACGGUUUAUACAUUCUCAAUAAGUUAAGUCUGAAUAAUAAUAAGUUAUCCUUUAUCAGUGAGCAAGCUUUCAAAAACUGUUCCGAUCUGAAAGAAUUAGAUUUAAGUUCGAACCAGUUGACAAAGGUACCUGAAGCAAUAUCGAAAUUGCCAUCCCUGAAAUCUCUAGAUUUAGGGGAAAACUUAUUGACAGACAUAACGAAUGGCUCUUUCGAAAACUUAUCGCAACUGACGGGGCUGCGGCUCAUCGACAACCAAAUAGGCAACCUCUCUGCGGGCAUGUUCCGCGGCCUGAGCAGCCUGCAGGUGCUCAAUCUAGCCAAAAAUAAGGUCCAGGCCAUAGACACCGAAACAUUCCAAAGAAACACGCAGCUCGAGGCUAUUAGGCUCGAUAGUAACUUCAUAUCGGACAUUAAUGGGGUGUUCGUGUCUCUCACCAAAUUACUGUGGUUAAACUUAUCCGAAAAUCACCUCGUGUGGUUUGAUUACGCUUUCAUACCGGGAAGUUUGAAGUGGCUGGACGUUCACGCGAAUUUCAUAGAAAUACUCGGAAAUUACUAUAAAAUUCAGAACGAGCUGCACGUAAAAACUUUGGACGCGAGUCAUAACCGGCUCGUCGCGAUAUCGCCCAUGGCGAUCCCCAACAGCGUCGAACUGUUGUUUAUAAACAACAACUUCAUUUCAAACGUUGACACGGAUACGUUUUUAGAGAAGCGGAACUUGACUCGCGUGGAUAUUUAUGCCAAUGAGAUCGAAAACUUAGAUAUAAAUAGUUUACGUAUAUCUCGAGUGGGGGCCGAGCGCGCGCUGCCAGAGUUCUACAUGAGCGGGAACCCGUUCCGGUGUGACUGCUCCAUGAAGUGGCUUCUGACCAUCAACGCGGUGACGUCACGGGAGUACCCCCGCGUCAUGGACCUCGACAAUGUCAUCUGCAAGGAGUCCUACGUCCGAGGAGCCAAGUUCCUCCCGAUACUCACUCUACAAGCUAAAGACUUCCUCUGUAAAUACGACAACUAUUGUCCCGCCAAUUGCGAGUGCUGCGAAAUUAGCAGCUGUAAUUGCAGAACGGUUUGCCCUAAGAACUGCUCGUGCUACCACGACGCCACUAAGAGCACUAGUGUAGUCGACUGCUCGGCGCAACAAUUAAUUGCUGUGCCACAUAGUGUUCCGGUCGACGCAACACACAUAUAUUUAGACGGAAAUGUUUAUCAUGAUCUCAACGAGACUGCAUUGAGUUCACUGCACAAAGCCCUUGUUUUGUAUCUAAACGCAAGUCGCAUCGCUACCAUUCACAACAACACGUUCAAUGGGCUCGGCGAACUAAGAACUCUGCAUUUGGAGGAAAACCAACUCAGUAGGCUGCGGGGCCUUGAAUUCUCAAAGUUGAGUAACUUAAAAGAAUUGUUUCUGCAAAGUAAUGCAAUCGAGUUCAUUUCCAACGAAACUUUUUCCUUUUUGGGCGUGUUGGAAGUUUUACGCUUGGACGGAAAUAGACUUGCGAGUUACGCGCUUUGGCAUUUGGACUAUAACAAAAAGUUGCAAACUCUGUCCGUGGGCGAUAACCCCUGGUCUUGUGACUGUAAAUAUUUGCAGGGUUUCCUUACGUUUGUUACUCAGAACGUGGAGAAAGUUAUCGACUCCAACAACUUGUAUUGUGUUAAUGGCAACGUAGCGCCGGCCGUAAAGAAGCCAUUAAAUUUGAAUGUGACGGUUUGCAGCGAGAUAAGCGGCAAGUCGGUCAUUAGCGCUCUGCUGGUGUCCCACAGCCUGCCACUGCUGGCCUCCGUGCUUACCGGCCUCAUGCUUAUUCUGCUGAUACUGGCUCUAGUCUUCACAUUCAGAUACGCGUGUAGAAUGUGGCUCUACUCGAACUGCGGCAUAAAGCUCUCCCCGCUAGCGGGCUUUGAGGACGCCGACAAGCUUUACGACGCCUACGUCUGCUACAGUCCCAACGACGAGGAGUUUGUGAUAGACACGUUGUCGCGAGAGCUAGAGACAGGUUACCCGUCCUACCACCUAUGUCUGCACUACCGCGACGUGCCGCAAUUCGAGGCGACAUACGCGCAGUUCCCAGACCUAGUCGUUGAGGCUACAGAGGCGUCGCGACGCAUCAUAGUCGUCAUGACGAAAAACUUCCUCAAAACCGAGUGGACGCGGCUCGAGUUCCGGCAGGCCCUGCAGCGCGCGCUGCGCAGUGACCCGCACAAACUGAUCCUGGUCACAGUAGGGCCGGUGCCGCGCGAUCCCGAGUUCAAAUCGCACUUCAAAACAGGUUUGGAGAUAACGUGGAAAGAGAAACGCUUCUGGGAGAGGUUACGGUACGCGAUGCCGUCGUCUAAGCGGCGCGGGCAGAAAUUGAAAAGGUUGAAUUACGGGAGGAAUUCGAACACGUACACUAUGGACGCGUCCGUGCUGAAUAGUACGUGCCAGACGCUGUGCGGCAAGUCGGCCACGUCGGCCGAGCGCUCGCCCGCCGACCGCCCGCUGUCCGAGCACAUCUACUCCACCAUCGAGUCCGACUACUCGUCCGAGCCGCGCGACUACCCCCGCGACUGUCCGCGCGACUACCCACGUGACUACCCGCAGGCCGUGGUCCACGAGCACACGGUGCAGACGUACUUCGUGUAACACCCCCGAUCUCCACUAGACUACGUCCGUAUAACCCUAGCCGUAGCCCUAGACAGUUGCCGCAUAAGUCCGUUACAUUAAAAUUCCAUUAAAUCUGUAAAUAUUAGCGCUAAACAUGUUAGAACUUUUGUACAAUAACGAUACCAAAAUAACGCAUUUCGUACGAUUUGCUUCUUCGUAUUUAUUGAAGUUUAUAUAAAUAUUGAUUAACGUAAGUAUUACAUAAUUCAGAAGACUGUAAAUUAUUGUGUAGUUGUAAUUUUUCAAUUCGCUGAAGUUUGUAUAGUUAAAUAAUUAAAGGAGUUUAUAAAGGUG